AUGGCUAAAGUGCGAAUGUGGGCUGGAUGGGAAAAAGUGCUCUAUAUAGAAGCUCGCAUUGUGUGUAAUCGCACCUACUAUGGCGAUGUGGGGCGAACGUACGCGCUGCGGGUGCCGCCGCCCCAGUGGAGCCGCUUGCCAUUCCUCUGCCAUCUCACCUUCACGGCGUCGGGUCACGACCAAGGUGACAUAGUUCAGAUUAUCUUUGACGGUUUCUCCGUGGGACGCUUCGAUGAGGGCCUGGUGGAUGGCGAUGGCGAUACUCUGGAAACCAGCCUCAGUCCAUCGGGAGAACUUCCCGGAUGUCCUGAGGGAUUUAUGCAGCUCAGCGAACUGGGACGCCCUUUCACUGGUGGUUCAUGGUGUGGCUCAGCUUCCGGACAUCAGCUGUACUACAGCGAGACAGCCACAGUAACAAUAACAGUCAAGGUUUUCCAUCCGCCGAUGCAAGGAAAUAAUCCGUUUGAGUUUCGCAUCCGAUACAAAUUCAUAAGUCAAUCAGACGCCAUUGUUCGAUAUGGGGCGCCGAGUGAACUUCUGGAACUUGGUCAGGUCACGCCAGGGACGUACUGCACGCGGCAGUUCGACGAGUGCUACAGAAAGAAGUGUCGUCUCCAGAGUCCCAAUUAUCCGGGAAUGUAUCCCAGGAAUGUGACAUGCUACUGGACAAUUAGGCAGAAGACUGUGCCAACAUGCAAGCACGCCAUGAUUGGCGUCAGUCAGGAGAGUGAGCACAAGGCUCUCGUUAAAAGGUCAAUAGCGAGCUUAAACAAGACAUCACGGUCAGUGAGAGCAUGGUCAGACUGCACGGGCGAGAGGGAUCAUUUGAUAUUUUACGACGGCAGCUCCACAAAUGACCCAGUUUUAGCCAAAUACUGCGGGGGCGACUGGCUUCCUCGCGUCGUGUCACGGGGCUCCGAGAUGCUCGUCGCCUUUCACUCCAGCCCAUUCUCUGCCCCACUGCAGACUGCCACCCCAAAUCGGGGCUUCGAACUGGACGUGGACAUCCUGUACACGGAUUCGGACUCUUAUGACUACGCCAAAGGCGAGCGCACCUGCGAAUUUCAUGUGAACGCCUCAAAUCCAGAUGACGUUUUAAUGUCUCGGCGUGGGAGAGUCGGUCGCAUCCUGAGCCCCCGUCACACGCUGCCGCCCAACACGACGUGCACCUACUACUUCCACGGCCACCCGACGGAUCUCGUGUGGAUCUACUUCACCAGCUACCAUCUGCAAAUCCUCCAGCCGCCCGUGAUAGACAACACGACGUUCGGCCAGACCGACAUUCCGCCGUGGAUUAUUCGCUUUCGUGUGUGGGACAGCUCAAUUACUGCCACGUCCGGCCGGGCUCCAUCCGGACCCGCCGCGAGCACCACGACUGUGCCGCCGAAUUUGCGUCCCUUCCAUCCCGCAAUCAACAACUCCGUGACCGGCAGCUAUUACUACUACCCUUCCGGGCAGAAGCCGUCGCCGAGUGAGCAGCGCGUGAAUGUGGACAACGCGUGGAAUCCGGUGGAGAACUACAUCUACGGUCCCACGCGCAGCAGCGUCUUCAAUCACAACAACCCUUACGGGGGUGGAAAUGUGGCGCCCUCGCCCACGCCGCCGCCGCCCAAUCGCUUCGACAAGCUCAACAACGGUCUGUCCAACAUCAAAGAGACCUUCAAUUACAUCGCCAACACCAAGUACACUCACAAUCAGUAUUCCGGGGCGCAGCUCAGCAACAUCAUUCAGCAGCGCCAGCCGGAAACCAACACGAUCAUCGCUCUGGACGGCUUCCUGGGCCACUCCACCUCCGGCGGCACCAAGAAGCACCACCCGAGCCGCGUGAGUCAGCACGAGAAGAACCCCGGCGGAGGCCGCAAACUGCUGCUCGAGAUAUUCGACAACGAGACGCCCAAGCUCUGCGAUCACACCGCCCUCAAGGAGUCCAGUGGCGCCGCGUCCAAGACGAGGCCUUGCACGCCUCUCGAGAGCUACGUCAGCGCCGGAAAUGACUUGAAAAUUGAAUUCCACACACAAACCGGAACUGCUCUCUUUCCCGCUUCAUUUGCCCUCCAAUAUGAGUUCGUAGACACGAAUUUAGGUGGAGAUCUGUGGCUCGGACGUCGCGGUGAAGAGACAGAAAUUCCACCGCUCUGCUCUCGCGUCUUUCGACGACGUCGAGCUGACUUCCAGUCGCCGCGCAACGUCUUCCUUCACGGACGCGGCGGCGCCCGAAAUCUCACUUGCUUGUACCGCAUCGAGGCGGGCCUGGGAGAGAAGAUCCGGGUGAGCCUGCACAAUGUCUCGUUCGGAGACUCCACCACGUGCAUAACCGAGUCUGACGCUCACACCGGCCGGCCGAGAUGCGUGAAGCUCGAGAGCGAUGGAGACAGUCGAUUGGGCGAGCUGAAGAUCUUCGAUGUGCCCUACAAGGAUGUCAGGGUGCCUCUGGGAUGCUUCUGCGACAACACGAGCAGCAUCUACAAUACGCCACUAACCUUCCAAUCCAACUCGCGCACGCUGGAGAUCUCCUUUGUCGUGACAAACCUCAAUGUGUCCGAAGACUUUGCUGACGUGUAUUUCCACGCAUCUUAUGAGAUCGUCCGCGUGCCGGACUGUCGAAGACAUUUGCGCCUCAGAGGCGCUGGUGGCGAGGAAGAGAUGGAGUAUCCUCUGCAAUCUUAUGACGCCACUUGCGAAGGACAGCCGUGGUACGUUGAAGCUCAGGCUCUGGAAAGGAGUCUCUUUGUACUUACUUGGGGCACAUUCCUGCCCAUCGAGCCGUCGCAAGAGGAGAUUUUACGCUGCAAUACGAGAAAUCGACUUAUUGUCUACACAGGACGACCCCUGAAAACCAUGAGAGUUAUUUGUCCCACUCAGAAGGGCAACAAAGCUUCUGCGCUACACAUAUUCUCUGAGGAUUGGCUCAACGCACAACCCUUCCUCUACGGCUCUAAACCAGCGACCAUAGUUUUGGAGCCAGUGUUCAAAGAACCUGGAGAUCUCGCUUUCUCGUGGCUGGAGAUUCAGAGGACCAAGGCUUCUCUCAUCCAGCAGCUCGAUCUCCAGACAAACUUCACUGCCAAUGAGACACUCGGUGAGUUCGGCUUCUUCCCUCGACAUGCCGAAUGCGAGCACAAGUGUCCCGAACUCGAUGCCUGCAUCGGAAGCAAUCUGUGGUGCGAUGGACAAGUGAACUGUCCGUCUGGUUAUGAUGAGUCCGAGGAGGAAUGCGGCACAGCCAGGAAGCUCCUGGAGCUUCCGGGAGGAAUAUUUGCGGCUCUGGGUUGCAUCGCUGCCGCCGUCGCCGCGUGCUUCAUCUUCUGCAUCUUCGGACUGGUGAGGAAGAGGAAAAAGGGUCUCGACGCCAAGCCCACGCUCAACGGCACCCUGCGCAAGGAUUUCAAGAAGAGUGACCUCUUCAUGGAUCCCAACUCCUGACACGGAAUGCAGCCGGUCGAGUACA